AUGCCGACAGAACUGGAAGAGCUCGUGGGCUUCAUCGCUCAUCCCAAUGCGAAUCUCAGAAAGGUUGCCAUCGAGAACCUCGUUGGCUACUCACAGGCGGACCCGUCAAUUUUCAAGACAGAGAACUUGACGCCCGUCAAGCACCUCAAGUUCCUGGUCAGAGAUCACCCUAAAAUUGCGGAACAUGCGUUGACAAUCCUCGUCAACCUCACCGCCGAGAAAGAUGUUCUUGAGAACGUGGCGACAGACCAGAAGUUUAUUGAUAUUCUGCUGGACUUGGUAGUAAAACCCGAUGAGGCAAACGCCAACCUGAUGGCAAUGCUGCUUGCCAACUUGGCAAAGUUCGACGGUCUCAACACUAUCGUGACCAAGAAGCAAACACCGCCAGCGGAGCUCAAGUCCAACGACUUGGUUCUCAACCAGCUGGUCGACCUCUUCGUCAAGGAAAAGGGAGCCUAUAACAAGGAUGCCGACUACGACUACCUCGCCUACCUCUUCGCAGAUCUCACCAAGCACGCUGAAGUACGCCAGCACUUUGUUACUCGGCAAGACUAUGACGAAGUCAUCCCCAUCACCAAGCUCAAGGUCUUUACCGAGCACCAGUCCGAGAUCCGCAGAAAAGGUGUCGCCAGCACAAUCAAGAAUGUCGCAUUCGAGAUCCAGUUCCACUCCACCUUCAUGGACGAUGACGAGGUCGACAUCCUGCCGUACAUCCUCCUUCCCAUCACCGGCAACGAGGAAUACGACGAGGACGAUACCGUGGAUAUGCUGCCCGACCUGCAGCUCCUGCCCCCCGACAAGAAGCGCGACUCGGACCCCAAGAUCAUCCAGACGCACAUUGAGACACUUCUGCUCUUCACAACGACGAGAGGAGGCCGCGAUUUGCUGAGGCGGGUUAGCGUGUACCCGAUCAUUCGCGAAAACCACUCCCGCGUCAACGACGAGGGCGUCAAGGAUGCCUGCGAUCGUCUGGUGCAAGUGCUGAUGAGAGAUGAGGAGCCGGAGGAGGGCGAGGGUGAGGCAGAAUCCAAGCCCAAGGAGCUUACCAACGGCUCAAAGGUCGAGGAGGUUGACGAUGACGACGACGACAAUGAGAUUGUCGAGGUCUAG